GAAUUGUGGUUAUUUUACUUAAAGAUUUUAUUUAUUAUUCUUAUUUAUUGUGCAAUUUAGAAACUAAUUUAUUAUUGAAAACUUUAUAUUAUUGUUUAUUAUUUAAUUGUAUCCCUUCACUGGUGAAGGAAAUUUCUAAUAAGAGGAAUAUAUGGAGAAUAAUGCUAAGUCAAGAAUGGAAGAAGAAGGAACAAAAUCAUAUCUGCAAGUUCAAAUAGAAAGAUUAAAAGCUUUACAAGCAAAACUUUCGUCUGGAGCAGAAGAUAAUUACGUUAUUGUAAAAGAAGAACAACGUAGCGGGUAUGAUUCAGAGUCGAGCGAGUAUUCAGAGGACUCGGCGGCAUACGAAGAUGUGCCGGCUGCAACCAAAAGCUCUGGGCCGAGGAAGAAUAUCAAUAGGGGAAGGUGGACGAAGGAUGAGGACAAAGUCCUCAAGAUGUACGUGAAGAUGUACAACGAGAACUGGGAGCUGAUAGCCGCUCAGUUCUCAGAUAGGUCGGACGUCCAGUGCCAACAGAGGUGGACGAAGGUCGUCAACCCUGAACUAGUCAAAGGCCCUUGGACGAAAGAGGAGGAUGAGAAAGUCAUGGAGUUAGUAGCUAAGUACGGUCCUAAGAAAUGGACACUGAUCGCGAGACAUCUUAAAGGCAGGAUAGGGAAGCAGUGCAGAGAACGCUGGCACAAUCAUCUCAACCCAUCUAUUAAAAAGACAGCUUGGACGGAACAUGAAGACAGAAUCAUAUACCAAGCUCACAAACAACUUGGCAACCAAUGGGCCAAGAUAGCAAAGUUACUGCCGGGCAGGACGGAUAACGCAAUAAAAAACCACUGGAAUUCAACAAUGCGACGCAAGUACGAGCCGGAACUGCUGGACAGCUUCGAGAACAUUCGGAAGAAGCAACGCUUGAAGAGAUAUGAUGUAAACGAAGAACGUAGAGAGAAAGUCACUGUCGCUUAUAAUGACUCUAAUUGGACCGAUCCAUUCAACGAGUCAACACAAAGCAACUCUUCCAACACAAGUCAACCUUCAAAACAGGUGUUACACUUCAGACAGCUAUUGAAGGAUCAGCUAAGCAACCUUCAGCACCAGACACCAUCGAGGAAAUCUCCAGACAGAGGGGGUUUGGUCGCUGCAGAUACAGUGGAAAUUGUUGAAUCACCUUUCAAGUUUGUAAACAUAGACACGCUACCAAUAAACUCUCCCAUUAAGAACUUCUUAAGUCAAACGUCGACAGCUGAUAGCAGUGAUCAAAACACAGUGACAUAUGCUGUUCAAGAGUCAGCAAAGGAGAUAGUGGUACCAUCGGUGUAUUCUCCUAAGAAGUGCGACACGAACAGUCCGCCGCCUAUAUUGAGACGAGGGAAGAUUAAGAAACAACAGACACUUACACCUAAUCCUAAUACAUGGGCCGAAACAAUAUCGAAAGCUCUAGAAGGUGCGACUCCAAUCAAAGCUUUACCGUUCAGUCCCUCUCAGUUCCUGAACUCACCGGCCGGAUUAUCGUUUCCUGCUUUUGAUUCAACACCUUUGCGACAUGCUACCAAUAAGGAGUUGGGAGCUAGUCCGCUACUCCAUACACCUACACCUGUGAACAUCACUCCCGGAGGCAGUCAGCUUAAAAGCAAUACACCGAAAACACCUACACCAUUUAAAAUCGCGAUGGCGGAAAUAGGCAAGAAGUCAGGUCUCAAAUACGAGCCUUCUAGUCCCGGUCUGCUUGUAGAGGAUAUCACCGAGAUGAUUCAGAGAGAGGGGAAUUCAGAAAGCACGGUUCAGUUGAACGAUUCCAUGUUAUCUUCUACUGCGGAUCAAGAAGCAAAUGUACAGGUGAACGACUCGGGCAUCGGCAGCGGGCGGCGCGGCAAGGAGAACGUGCCGGCGCACAAGCGCGCGCGCAAGGCGCUGGCGCACAGCUGGGGCGCCACCAGCACGCCGCACGCGCACCUGGCGCUCGUGCCCGACGUGUCCUUCAUCGUCGAGACGCCGAGCAAAACAUUAGCCGGUGACAGUUCAGUUCUCUUCUCUCCGCCAUCGAUAGUAAAACACUCCCUUCUAGAAGAGUCCACGAGUCUCCACAGCUUAAUGAGUGCAGAGAACACUCCGGAACCAAUGAAAUACGAAGAAAUCGACAUUGAAACGGCUAUCACAGAAAAAACUAAGAUUCGAAGGCUUUCAACUGAACCGUUGGUCGUGAAGAAGUCAGCGGUACGUUCUAUCAAAUUCGACCAAGAUAUACCGGACGGUGUGAACGAGGAGAAACCUCUCAUAUUGACCGACAAUAAAUGGGAGACAUUCGCGUGCGGUAAGACUCAGGAUCAACUUGAUUUAACAAUGUUGGCUCAUCAAUAUUUAAGGAAAACUGCAUUAAAACCACGUUCCCUCAAUUUUUAACGUACAAUCACAGAUACAAAAAUUAUAAACGUCAAAGUAAAACAGUCAAUAUAGAACCUUAUUAGUUUAAAAUAAGAAUUACAAUCCAAUAAAAAUACGGCAUUUUGUUUGAACUCUUGGAAUGUUAAUCUACAUAUCGAAAGAAAACUAUUAUUAAUAUAAAAUCAGGCUGUGCUUGAUAAUAGUUAUUAGAUUGAAAGUGUUACAUUUAAAGUAAUUUGUUUUGUGAUUUGUUAUUUAAGUUACAAUAAUAUUAUAUUUUUGAACAAUGUUGCGUCAAAAUGUCAAUGUCAAGAAUAUCAUGAGAAAAGAUUAUCAGUUUCUUUUAAAAAGUCCGUUUAAUUUGGUCAUAAAAAGUAUCAAUUCAAUUAUUCUAUUCAAAUUUUAAUUUUAUUAAAGAAAGUCAACAGAAAUAUAAAGGUUGUAUUAAAAAUCAUAAUUAAUUUUGGGAAGAUGUUAAGAAAUUAUAUAUAGAGGAUGGAAGUUUAAGAUAAGGCAAGGACUACACAGUCUUAAACCGUAUCCGAAUGACCAUGAAAUUGCUUUAACACAAUCUGUAGGUUCUUAUUUUGAUAAACACACGUUAUUUUUCAUAACAUACAACUAAUCAAUAAUUAAUAAAUAAUUAUCGAUUAAUUGUGAAAUCAUUACAAUAUUUCUGUCUUGCUGACCGUACUAUUUUCUCAACGUCAACGAAUAAUAUUUGAACGUAUUCAAAAUUAUACACAACGUUUUCUGUUGGUUUAGUGUAUAAUUAGCUAUUUAAAAUUUUCACUCUGGAUAUAAAA